AGAUUUUAUCUUCUACAGAUAGGAAAAUUGAUGCAAACAGAGGUAAACUGAUUUGUCCAGGAUCACACAUUUAGUAGAAAAUGGUCGAAUGUGGACAUCCACUGUGAAGACUUGGAAUCAGACACUCACAACUUUAUUUUAAAAAUAUCAAUUCAGGAUGUAAAUAUGGUUUGACUUUUCCCCAAUGGGUAGUUAAACCAUGGACAAACUAAAAAACUCAUUUUGGACUGUUUUUCCAAACGAAUCUUUGACUUCCUUCUUCAGUGCCCAGUAAGGGAUUAUAGUUGUUAAAGGAAAGAAAGAAAACCCUUGAACUGGAAAGUUAUCCUACAAUGAGAAUUACGAGUACAUCUUGCAUCUGUCCAGUCCUAGUUUGUCUCUGUUUUGUGCAGAGGUGUUAUGGAACUGCUCACCACAACUCCAUUAAGGUGACCAGGAAUCAAACCAAACACAUAGAAGGUGAAACAGAAGUCCACCAUCGCCCCAAACGUGGAUGGGUAUGGAACCAAUUCUUCGUUUUAGAAGAGCAUAUGGGACCAGAUCCUCAAUAUGUGGGAAAACUACACUCCAAUUCUGACAAAGGUGAUGGCUCAGUCAAAUAUAUCCUUACUGGAGAAGGAGCUGGCACAAUAUUUAUCAUUGAUGACACCACAGGAGACAUUCAUUCAACCAAAAGUCUAGACCGAGAGCAGAAGACCCACUAUGUCCUGCAUGCACAAGCUAUUGAUAGAUGGACAAACAAACCUCUUGAACCUGAAUCUGAAUUUAUUAUCAAAGUACAAGACAUCAACGACAAUGCACCCAAAUUUACUGAUGGACCAUAUAUCGUAACUGUGCCAGAAAUGUCUGAUAUGGGUACUUCUGUUCUACAGGUGACAGCUACAGAUGCAGAUGACCCAACCUAUGGAAAUAGUGCUAGGGUGGUGUAUAGUAUUCUUCAAGGACAGCCAUACUUCUCUGUUGAUCCCAAAACAGGUGUUAUAAGGACAGCCUUGCAUAAUAUGGACAGGGAAGCCAGAGAGCACUACUCUGUGGUCAUUCAAGCCAAAGACAUGGCUGGGCAAGUUGGAGGCCUUUCAGGAUCCACCACCGUCAAUAUUACACUCUCAGAUGUCAAUGACAACCCACCUAGAUUUCCACAGAAACACUAUCAAUUGUAUGUUCCUGAAUCAGCUCAAGUUGGUUCAGCUGUAGGAAAAAUCAAGGCAAAUGAUGCUGAUACUGGAACAAAUGCUGAAAUGAAAUAUACAAUCAUCAAUGGUGAUGGCAUUGGAGUGUUCUCAAUAUCAACUGACAAAGAGACAAGAGAAGGCAUUCUUUCCUUGAAGAAGCCACUGAACUAUGAGAAGAAGAAGUCAUACACUCUCAACAUAGAAGGAGCAAAUACACAUCUUGAUUUCCGCUUUUCUCACCUGGGCCCAUUUAAAGAUGUUACUAUGCUGAAAAUCAUUGUGGGAGAUGUUGAUGAACCACCACUCUUUUCGAUGCCUUCUUAUGUUAUGGAUGUCCAUGAAAAUGAGAAGAUUGGAACAGUGGUUGGCACAGUAGCUGCUCAAGAUCCAGACAGUGCCAGUAGUUUAGUAAGAUAUUUCAUUGACUACAGUGGUGAGGAUGAUAGAUAUUUCAAUAUUGAUGCUAAUACUGGAACCAUUAAGACUGCAAAAGUCCUUGACAGAGAAGAAACACCAUGGUACAACAUCACAGUUGCUGCUUCAGAAAAGGACAAUCCUAGCCUGCUAAGCCACGUUGUAGUAGGCAUUCGAGUUCUGGAUGUCAAUGACAAUCCACCAGAGCUUGCCAAGGAAUAUGAUAUUGUUGUUUGUGAAAAUUCUAAGCCUGGCCAGGUUAUACAUACAAUCAGUGCCACUGAUAAAGAUGAUUUUGCAAAUGGACCAAGAUUCCACUUCUUUCUGGAUGGUCUGACUCUGAACCCCAACUUUACACUGAAGGACAAUGAGGACAACACGGCCAGCAUUCUGACAAGAAGGCGGAGAUUUAGUCGAACUAUUCAGGAUGUGUAUUAUCUACCUAUUAUGAUCUCUGAUGGGGGAAUCCCCUCUCUUAGCAGCAGCAGCACCCUCACCAUCAGAGUAUGUGCAUGUGAGAGAGAUGGGCGUGUGAGAACCUGCCAUGCUGAAGCUUUCCUGUCCUCUGCAGGCUUAAGUACAGGAGCCUUAAUUGCUAUUCUUCUCUGUGUCCUCAUUCUCUUGGCAAUUGUGGUUCUCUUCAUCACUCUCAGACGCAGCAAGAAAGAACCCCUGAUCAUUUCGGAGGAGGACGUGAGGGAAAAUGUUGUCACUUAUGAUGAUGAAGGGGGUGGAGAGGAAGACACAGAAGCCUUCGACAUCACAGCCCUGAGAAACCCAUCAGCUGCUGAGGAGCUGAAAUACAGAAGAGAUGUUCGACCUGAAGUGAUGCUUACACCCAGACACCAGCCUUCAUCCACUCUUGAGAGUAUAGAUGUUCAGGAAUUUAUUAAACAAAGACUGGCAGAGGCCGACCUUGACCCGAGUGUCCCUCCCUAUGACUCUCUACAGACAUACGCAUAUGAGGGUCAUCGAUCUGAAGCUGGGUCCAUCAGUUCCCUGGAUUCAGCAACUACACACUCAGACCAAGAUUAUAAUUAUCUUGGUGACUGGGGGCCGGAAUUUAAAAAGUUAGCUGAACUCUAUGGAGAAUUAGAAUCGGAAAGAACAAGUUAGGGAUAAACAUACUUGGAAUUGAUUCCUGGGCAACUGGAUAUAUAAGCGCAAAUAAUGGCAAUGUUAAUUGAUGGCAAUAGUGCUGGGAACUGAGCAAACCUGCACACAGUCACUGUAGAAACAAGUGCUCUUUUCAUGUGUGCAACUGGGUUCUUUGAUUGGAAGUAAGUCAAAUUUUGAAAAUACAGAGGGAAAAAAAAAAGCUAUUAUUCCUUGUGUAUAUUUUUUAAAUGCUCAAUAAAGUCUGUGGUACCAUUUCGUUAAUAUACCCUAAAUAAGCCAAACGAUGACAUUUUAUUGCAAUGUGGUUUUUUUGUUUUUUUUUGUUGUUGUUUUUUUCCUCCCUCCUAAAUCUUAUUUGAAGGAAAAUGAAUACAAAUGCUCCCAGUAUCUAAUGUGCAAUGUUUGUAGAGAUGGUGUCAUGGAGGUGACCUCAUCUAAAUGGAGGUGAGCUUUGUAUUUCCAAUUCUCUCACGAAGUCCAAUUGAAACUUUAGCCGGUACCCUGCUGAAAUGGCAGACCUCUUUAUUCUCCUCCCAUUUGGGGUUUCAAUUAAAUUGGAUGAAAUCUUUCUGAAACACCAGGAAUCCCUUAUGUAAAGGUGUAUGCCAAGUUCCUUUUUGCCCUCCCCUCUUCUUCUCUCCAUAAGAAAAUGAUGGAGCAUGGGGAUUUGCUGCCUGUACUAUUAUGUAUGCAACUUCUGAGCACCAAAUGUGCACUGUUGCAGAGGGUGGAGACUGUUGUCUCUGUUGCCUUUUGUCUUCUUUCUUUUUACCUUCCCCCCCUGCCCCCCCUCCCACUGGAAUUACUUUCACUCUCCCCCAGAUAGAAUGAAUGAUUUAAAGUUAUUGUAUACUCAGUGAAGCUGAGGAGAUAUGGGCAGAAUUAAGGAAAAACCACAAUAGAAGGAAAUAUUAACUUCUGCAAGUGUUUCAGUAACUCUUCCUGGAUUUAGUGACUAGUAACUAAUUCUAUGCUGCACACUACACUAAAAAUCAAAUAUCAUUAAAAAGUUUCUAUUUCAGAUUAAUAAUUUUACUCAUGAGAAAAUUUGUUUUGUGUCUCGUGUUCCUUAACUAGUUAGCAUUUUUUUAAAAGAAAACACAAAUUUCUGCAAUAAAGAGGAAAACAUUCUCAAACUGCAAAGUUAAUUUGAGUUAGCUCCAAUUCUAAUUGGUAGUCACUCAUAUUUUUGUUGGUUUUGUACUCUCCUCAUCCCUGUGGUGCCUUCUCUUAUAUUCCAAUUCCUUUCCUGUCUUCCCUACCUGUUUUAUUUUUUCUUUUCCUUUUUGAAAUAUCAUGAAUUUAGUAAAACCAAGAAGAGGAAAUUAACCUAGAAAGGAGUUUUAUCUUUGUGGAUUAUGCAAAGACCAUUCAAAUUCAUAUAAGUGAUUAAAUUACUCUAUAUAAAACUCAUGAAGAUAUUUAAUGAGAUAAGUGACAUUUUGGUCUUCAUAAUAUUUAGUAAUUAGUUGUCAGAGCUUCCUGAAGUUGUAAGGGACCUGAAGAAUACCAACUAAAUAACUCCCAAUUCCCUUCCAAUUAUAUAGGGUUGGGGUCUGUUCAAAAGGAGUAAUGAUCAAUAAUACCAAAGCUUCUCCCCUACUCUUGAUCUAUAUAUCACAACUUAUAUUCCACACAAGUUUGUUAAGACAAAUGUAGGAUUGGAUUAUUUUUUUGGUUUUUUUUUUUUUUGGUGCAGAGAAGAGGGAGGAAGAGAAGAAAUUUAAGUAAAAGUGAUGUAAAUAUUAUGAGAUUAAAACAACAAAAGUAUAGUUUGAGUUUGAGACUUGCUGACUUCUAAGAUUUUUUUCAGAUUCAGAAAAUUCUGAUUUUUAAUAUUGCAAGAGUAUAAAAUUGGAUUUCUUUAUCAUAUUCUAUCAAGUCUAUUCCAUAUUCUAUCAUUUAUCUGAUCAGAUUAUGCCCUGUCCUACAUUCUCUUGCUUCCCAUUAAACAUUUAGAUAUGAAAAACCAUAAGUAUGACAAAGAUACAAAUACAUAGCAACAAUAUAUAACACCUAGAAUGUAAUGAGAUGAUGAAUAUGUUUUCUUAUGGCUGUCACAUAUUAGAAGCUCCUCAUUAGAGCUAUUGAAGUAUUGUGCUAACUCAAUAUUUUGAUUAAUUAUUCAAGUUCUACAAAAUCUCCUUGGCAAAUUCUAUACACACGUACACCCUCAACCCCCACCCCCCCUAUCCCAACAACCCACCCCAAUCUAUAAGCAAAUCUGUAUUAUGUUGGAAAGAGCUUUAGUCUUGGAGUUAAAAGAUCUGGGCUCAGUGCUCUUUUAUUAAUGUCAUGUGGCCUUGGGCAAGUCACUUAAAUGCUUUAAGCCUUAGUUUCCUCAUCUGCAAAAUGGGGAUAAUAAUACCUAUUCUGCCUACCUCACAGGGUUGUUGUGAGGAUGAAAUAAUAUACAAAAGUGCUUGGAAUUGUAAAGCACUAUUAAAAUAUGAGGUAUUAUUAUGUUUAUAUUUGGUCAGAGCAGUUAUCUACUUCUGAUUGGUCCAUGAUGCUUCCACAUACUCACACAAACUCAUGCAUACAUAUAUAUGCAUAUAUAUAAUCAUAUAUAUAUAUGCAUAUAUAUGAUUAUAUUUUUAACAUAAAAUAUAUAUUCGUAGGGCAACAUCAUGAAACAAUCAGGAGUGGGGAGUUGUUGUUAACUAAAAAUAUAUAUUAGAUGAUGACAUGUAAGCGUUCUCCUACCUAAGAUGACUUCUUUUGAACUCCUUGUGUUUUCUCCAGAUUGUUUCAAAGCCUAGUUGGCAUGGUCUGUCAGUAUAUAUUCUUUGGCAAUGGGGAAAGGUAAGCAUUUCAAAAUAGUGGGAGAAACCUUUGUAAAUCCACCAAAUAAGCAUAAGUUAUAAAGGAAGUAUUUUUUCCCCUUGGCUAUUUUUAUGGAUUACAAUCAAGUAUCCCAAUAAAACAAUAAAUAUUGAUCAGCUUUCUGAUUCUACCCUUGUGCAAACUCUUGGACUUAGCAUUUUUUUAACUGCCCUAUGCUAUUAUAUAUUAAAAUUUUGAAGCUUGGAACAAGGUAUACAAUUUAAUAAUUCUUGAUUUAUGUUUCAAGACUGAGGAAUAAAAUGUAAUUUAGCUUUUUGCACUGUCUUAGGUUUCCAGGUAUUGCUUUAUCAUUGUGUUUUACUGUGUAAAGCUCACUCAAACAAGAAAUACAAUUACUUUGGGGAAUAGUCUAAUGGUGCACAUGCUCUGAUUAUGCUAAUGUUGCUUUUUACACACACCUUGACAAGAAGACUUCCCCUUUGGGAAUGACUCCAUGUAUUCAUGUUAUAAUCCUUCACAUAUGUUCAGAUACCAGAGUGCCAAGUUUUGAAAACUAUGUGGAAUCAAGAUCAUUCAGAGUUUUGUUUUGUUUUGCUUUUCAUAAGUCACAUUUUCAAAUAUUGUGAAUUUUGAGUCAAAAAGUAACAUAAAUGCUCUGCUUACAAACAUUAAUAUAUUUCAUUCUUCCUGACAAAUAACUAGAACACUGUCAUGGUUUCAUAGGCCAAACAAAUGUUUCUAGUAUAUAUGAUCUUCUACUUCCAUUUUUGUUUUAAGAAAUUUUUAUAAUGACUAAUGGUUUCUGAGCCCUGGACAUUAAAAAGAUAUUUAGAGAGGAAAUGAACUUUCCAUUGUCAUGAAUUAUUAUAAUCUGUUAAUUGCAUUAAUGGAAAUAUUUAAAAUAAUACUGUUAUCAAUGAAUCCCUUUACCUAAGACAUUACUUAAGAAUUUCUUAAUACCCAGACAUUUCUUAUUAUUUCUUAUCCAUUAGGAAAAUUCUAAUAUUCCUUAUUUUUCAGAGAAUUCUGACAUAUGUCCACAAGAUGAUAAUUAAGUGAUAUAAAUUUUUCUUAGUUGCUCAUGGAAGAAAGCCAGCAAAAGGAUUAAUGAAACAUAUUUUCAUAUGAUCCAUGAACACAAACACUAUGUUUUAGACAUAGAUUGGCACUUAUGUGAAUUCAUCUAACUACUGUCCCUAUGCUUCAGUUUGACUUUGUGAGUCUAAAUGAAAUAUUUCUUGGAUUGAUUUACUUUUAUACUAAACAUAAAGUCUAAUCUGACUAUGUAAUAAAACUAUUAUAUAUGUGAAGUACUGCUGAAGAUAGAAUCUUUUGAAUCAGAAAAAAAAAAUCUUAUCCAAGAUGCUGCUUAUGGGAUUUUGUUUAAUAUAAAAUGUUUUUUUAUUUCCUAUAACAAUUUAAAUUAAAUCAAGCAGAUUCUUUAAAAAAAAUACUAGAGAAAAGAGUUCGGGCCUUGUGCUUCACUACUUACCUUGCUAUGUUUAAAGGAUAGAUCAUUACCUAAAAGGGUGCCAUUUCCAGAAUUGAAUUAGGGUUCCUCCAGGUUAGUAAUAUAGCUUUUGUAAAGUAAAUUGUACAUUAUUAUACAAUGAGGCUGUCAUUAAAAGUGAAGAAAUAUGUUUAAUUAGUACUUUAAUGGUUUAAGAUAAAAGUGAAAAAUUAAACCCCAUAAAUAUAACCAAUUUGUUUAACAUCUUCAAGUUAGCAUACAGCAUAAAAGAGAUAGUACCGUAUCUUUUACUAGUGAUGAGCAUAGUAAAAAUUGAGUUCACAAGAGGAAGGUUAUUCCUAACUUUUUUUUUUUUAAUUUAGCAUUUUCUGGCAUUCUAUCCUUGGACCUUUAAUCUUUGUCCUACUUACCUUAAUAAGAUUCUACAACACCUCUAUAAAGCUGACCUCCAAAUAGUCUUUAGCCCUGACCUUUCUUCUGAUCUAAAGAACUAAAUCUCCAGAUGUCAUAGGAUAUUUGCUCAUGGAUUAUUUCAUGGGUUGAUCAAACUUCAUAAAUCUAAAUCCAUACUUAUUAUUCUUACUCUAAAACUUGAUGCUCCUUCUGACUUUUGUGUGUACUUAUGGUCAUUUUCCGCCUCUACCUUUUUAAAAAGUUGGAAGUAGGAAAAAAAAACAAUUUAUUAAGCACCUUCUUUGCUUUACCAAUAUUGUGUCUCUUCAUCCUUAUAACAAGCCUCAAAGUUAAUUAUUAUACUAUGAUGACACUUUUGCAGAUGAGAAAAUUGAGGCAGAUAAUGGUUAAGUGACAUUGCCUAGUAACACAGCCUGAGAGGAUUAUGAACUCACAGGGAUAGAACUCUAUUCUGUAAUCUUUGACUCUUUUCUCUUCUUUAUUUCUCAUGUCCAAAGAGUUACCAAGUUUGAUAAAUUGUACCUUAGCAAUAUUUUUGCCUCCAUUCUCUUCUUACUAAUCCAGUGGUUUUUAGUCAAGGAUCCACAUACAACUUUGGGGUCCAAUGAGAGAUUUUAAAGUGGUGUGGUAAAGGUAUGAAUUUAUUAAUAAAAAAUGAGAAUGGUUUUUAUUAUAAUUGUUUUCCUUUGAAAUCUUAAGAAUUUUUAUGCAUUUGAAAUAUUUUCAAAGGGAUUCAUGAAAUAAAAAAAGAUUUAAGAGCCUCUGUAUCAUUUGUGCUAUCUUAGUAUAGACCUUCAUUAAUAGCUACCUAGAAAACAAACAAAUACAAAUUCCCUAGUUGUUAGAGCUAUUUAAAAGAGGAAAGAACUGAACAAAGAGAUUUUCUCUCAGCAGAAGUCUCCAAGGAAAGCCUGGUUGAUGAUUUGAUGCAUAUUUUGUAGAGAGGAUUUUUGUCCAGGAAUGGGUGGUUGUAGUUGAUGACCUCUGAUAUCCCUUCCAACUAUAAUAUUGUGUAAUUUUGAUUUAUUCUUUCUUUUCCUCUCAAUUGACUAGUGAUGAUGAAUAGGGAUGCCAAUGCCAGUGCUGUAGAACUUGAACACAAUUUUUCUCCUUAAAUAUAAUUGAACAAUGUGUGAGGAAUGUGCAUAGAGUGAAUGCUAAGCAUUUAGACUUAACCUCCCCAGUGCUUUGAAAAAUUGUUCAGAGUCCAGGAAAACAUUAUAACUGAAAUACUUUCAGCACACAAAAGAGAUUUCACACUAUAAAAUUUAUUUGUUCUUGAAAAUACCUUUCAUGGUGGUUUUAGAAAGAUUUCUCCAAAUCCCUUAUCUAGAAUCUAGCAUUUGGUAGCUCCUUUUAGACGCUAACUAAAAAAAAAUAAACAUAGGAGAAAUCUACUGAGGAAUGGAAACAUCUUAAGCCUUUUCCAGAGAAAACCAUUUGGUCUAUUUUUACAGGAAAAAUCAUAAAUUUGGAACUGACUUUCAUUGGUUCAGCAUAUUUCUGCUUCAUUUAGUGAAGACACUCACCCAAGGUAGUCUUUAGCAAUUCAAUAGAACAACCACUGGCUGGCCUGGAAACAGUGCCAAAGAAGCCUCUAUGUUCAAAGUUAAAAUUAAUAUAAGGUGGAGAUUGCUUUUAGACCCCUUAGUGGGUUGAUUAUAUUUAGUUGAGUUUCUUGGCUUUCAUUUUCCAGGUUAGAGCAAAUCUCAGACAAUCCCUGUACACAAUUGGGUUUAAAACAUAAGCUAUUUUAUAGUUUUUAAAAUUAAAUGUAAACUAAUAAGGAAGGAUAAAAUAUAGGGGGUAAAAGUCUCCUGUAGAAGUUAAAUUCAUUCAAAAUAGUUAAGACUUAGAACUUUAUAUAUCCUACAUUCAAAAAUAACCUAAUUCAUAUAGGACAAAAAUUAAGAUUGGACCUCAAAGAGCAGAAUUAUUGUGCUGCAUUCUGCUUUUCCCCUUAUGCCUCCAAGUAGCUUUCCCCCCAAAAAAAGUUUUUAAAAUGUUAUUUUGUGAUAUGAAAUAGGGGAGGCCCAUCUAAUGUGACAAUAUAACUAUUCAAUACUGCUAAAUUUACUUUAAUAAAUACAUAGGUCAGAAAUAAAACAUUUUUAAUAGAAGUAUUCUUAAAAAAAAACAAAACAAAAACAAAAACGGGUGUUUCAUUAGAUGAUGGGUUACUGUAUUCAUUCACUUGCCAUGUUUACUGGUAUAAGAGAACUUUACUGUAUACACAAAAGAAACAUCAGGCCCUAUUAUAGGACUUAAAAAAACCUCACCUUCAUAAAAGCAAGCAAAAUAUUGAUAUGUAAGAACUUUUGAAAUUAUCAUAUCCAGUGCACAUAUUGUUCUUUCUGGGUUUUGAAGUUUGGUAGGUAGGGAUAUCUCAACUGUCAAAGAAGAUUUUAUCUAGAUAUCAAUAAUGCCAGUCAGAAGAGAAGAGCUAUAUAGCAAUUAAUGUGAGUAGUUUGAACACAGUAACUUCCUCUUGACACAGAAUUUAUUUAUUUUGUAUAUCAUUGCAUCCUCUAGAAUUGGCAAAGGGACAUUAGGACUGCCUGGGUCAUAGAAAGGAAAUCUUUAUAAAAGAUUAGCAUUGGGAAAUGUCAUGGGAACAAGGCCAGCAAGAGGCUUAUAAAGUUAGAGAUAUGUUUUUUAUCAGGAUUUGAAAUGUAGAAAAAAGGGUCAAAGUGGAGCAAUAAAUUCAACUCUAUUUGUCAGAUUACAAGCAUUUCAUUUUUUCAUCUAUAAAGAUCUAAUUGUUAAAUCUUGCAAAGAAAUAGAACACAAGAGCCAUAGCAAAGCAGAUAAGCUUCAAGAAUAUGAUUGCAAACGGUUACCUCCAUCUGUAUCUUAAUAAAAUUUAAUCUAAAACACCUACUAGGUACAAAAAGGAGGCACAAACAUAAGAAACAAGCACUUGUCCUCAGGGCUCUUAUAUUCUCCUGGGAUGAAAGCAUUUCUACUUGGCUAGAUUGAUCACUGAAAGUAAAUACAAAUAUAUUGGUAAACAGAAAAUCUCUUGAACCAAAGCUUGGCAAGAAAAUCAGCUGUUUUCUUUCCUACAAUCUAGGAAUAUUGUACAUUAUCAAUUCAAAUGCAUUAGUAUAUCUAUGUUAACAACUGUAUAAUAUAAUUUUUCCAUUAGUGUUCAGUGGGAAAAUAUUUUUAAAUGAAGACUCAUUUAUUUUAUAGCUGAAUGAAUAGGCCAAACCUGAAAAAUAUUUUAUUUCUUAAAUCCUUGUAUUGUUAGAAUUGUCCUGUUUCCCACAGUUGCUUUUUUCUCUCUUUUACCUUCCUAUCUCUCUUUCUCUUUCCUUUUCUAGCUUUCUUUCACAUACCCCACUUUGAAAAUUUUAGAAAAGCACUUUGAAAUUCCCUGUAGCAUGAAUUCAUCUAUCUCAUAGAUUUUCAAUCAAGUAUGUUUUGACUUUCUGAAGCAGUAUCAUGCUGUUUUUAUGGUUUUGGUCUUCCACACAUACUUGUCCUUCCAUCAAUUAUCUCACUUUAAUUGACCCUAUCUUCUGGUCUUCUUUUUCAAAAGUAAUGCAAGAAAAAUACCAUUUAAAAUUUUUUUUAAAUCCCAUCAUCUUCCUGUCAAUGUAUUGUUUCAUUUUAUUCAUGUAAUUGGAUCCCAUAUUUCUUUGAAUAUACAUAGGUAUACUUAUAUACAAACAGAAAUAUAUUAUAUAUAUAUAUAUAACAGAAGUUGCAUAAUCAUUUUUAUUUUCUUAUUUUCCAAAUAUAGUAAAAGAAAAAAAGACUUUUAAUAUACACACAGCCUUAGUCCCAGCUUCAAAGAAAACAAACAGCCCUAAUGAUGAACUUGCAAAUUGACUUUCUUUUGACUAUAAUCUUUAGUAAAGAUUUACAAAUUACAAAGUUGUUUUUUUUUCCCCCUUAAAUAUCUCUCUAUUUAAAGCAUACAUCAGAAGAUUGUUCUUAACUAAUAUUCUGCAAAUUGGAAGCAUUUUAGUUGUGUUAUGUUAUUAUGUUCUACACAUAUAGAGCAAUGCUGAUCUGACCAAAUGCUAUUCUAUUCAUGCUCAGAAAGCAUAGCACUAAUAAACUUGCACCAAUUAGCAGAUCAGAUUAAUGGUAUUGUUGAAUUUACCUGAUAAUGCUCUAAUCUUUUGUAGGUUGAGACACAAUUUCUAUCUGUUUCAUCUUUGUAGACAGAUAAAAUUCCUGCCCCCAGUUAGUAUUUUGUAAUUUUUAUUUUGUUUUGUUUUCCAUUUCAUUGGGGUGAAAUAAAGUCUAUCCUAUAUCUAUU